AUGCUCAGUUCACGGUUCACUUCCUUGUUUAAUCUUCAUAUCCAGACGAAAAGAUGGUUGGUGCAACUCACGAACUUGGCUGCAAUACAAUCAGGCGUUGUGGCACAGAUUCUGACGAGUCUGUCUCAGGGCAUUCCAGCUGACAAGAACAAAGCCCAAAUCUCGACAAAAUCCCUGCGCGAUUUCGGCAAGCAGCUCCAAGCCUGCACGACCAAAUCCGGCGACAAUAUUUUAGACGCCAUGCUUUUGUACUGCGUCCGGAAAGUGAACAAUUCUGAUUGGAAAAAGCCAUGCACUUUUUUCCCGGGGGUCUGUUCCCAGGGCCCUGGUCACACCAAUAUCGAACACUUCCUGGAAAUCAGAGACCUCGUCGCGUCAUUUGGCUGCAUUCCCAAUCGGGCCACGUGUGACGAAAUUCUCAGGUCCAGCGGGUCGACUGCCAAAAACUCAGACGCAUUCAACAAUGCCAGGCAGUUUUUGAAAAUGGGUCGGUUUGGCGACACGAGCACCGAGACGACGAGCAGUUAUUCCACAGCCAAACUCGCCAAGGAACAACAUUGGGCCGUGUUGUCGAGUCUCUUGAUGAGGUCAAAAACUCCGCUCAGGGUCGAGGAGUUGGGUCAUCAUGUGUGCGAUGGCAUGACCACGUAUGAGUGGUGCCAACAGCAUGAAAACAGCACGAUGCAAGCUGAAAUCAAAUCUUUCUUGGAGACCAAGCUGACAGAGGCUUUGAAAGUGGGCGAUGCCACGCAACUCGCCGCAGCACUUUCCAGCGUGGGCAAACUGGCUUUUGAGGUGAAUCUGAGUCAGCAUAAUGCCAACGUGGUGCAACUGGUCAUGAGCCCCGAUUAUCCUUUCCCAAAAAUGCGUCGGGUAAUCCUCGCAGCAUUCCGCAACGUGUGUCCUGAAGACUUUGAAAAGUUGAUGAGCUUUUCUGCCCUGGAGGAUGUGACUGUCAUCGCGGAUUCCUAUUUGGCAGAGGCAGGAUCAUUCUCUCUGGUUUUUCUGCAGCACAGUUUGAAGCUGAAAUUGGCAUCUUGCGUAUUGUGUCUCAACGUGGCUCCGGAUGAGGGUGACGCUGAUUAUCAAAAAUGGCAGGAGGCGCGAGAGCGUUUUUACCCUGCUCCAAAAACGAUUGAAUCACAGCCACCUGAGAACAUCUCUGGAGCCUUGCUCCAUUCCACGAGAUUCGUCAGCAACAGAGUAACAGCCUUGGAAAUAGUUCCCGACGACUCCGCAGUACCACCAGCGACUCCAUCCGUGAUGGCGGUUCCGGCAGCACAGACCGAACCCGGCUGCUUUCCAUGGGCGAAAAUUAUUGGCAAACCCGUGGCGAUGGUGGACGAGGAGAAAAAGAUGGACACCGACAAAGGCGCCGAGAUCCUGCGGGUGCUCCACAACUGCCUGCUCGACCAACCCGACUUCGCGAGGAAAUGUCUCCUGUCGCACCCGACCAUUUCCCAAUGGCUGCGAGUCACUUGGCGCGACAAAACGUUCCGUUUCCGCUUCAAAUGGAACCUGGCCGUGUACGGCGCAUUCCUGUUCAUCUCCAGCAUCCUCUCGUGUUUGUAUCUCAUUUCCGCUGUCAAGUUCGUCCGGACGCCGCCGCAGAAUUACUUUGUUUUCGUGCCCGUGUGGGUCCUGGCCCUGUUGGUCGUGGUGCGUGAGACUGAGCAGGUGCACGAGUUCGGACUGGCGUACCUCCUGGAGCAGGGCAGCUACAUUGACGUGCUCGUGUGUCUGCUGGUACUGCAGCUGGCUGUGGGACUGCACAACCCCAACGUUACCUGGAUGUACGCCCAGCGGAUACUCCUGCCUCUGGUCCCGUUGUUGGCGUCGCUGGCAUUCAUGAAGGCCUGUGGCGCUAUGACCAACCGUGGUGGCAAGGCGGCUAUGAUGUUCCUCCGCACCGUGAGUCGGGUGGCGGGUGUAGGCCUCCUUUUCUUGCCAGUGCUGGGUUUCUGCUUCAGCAUGGUGGCCCUGUUUGCGGAUCAAACCGAAAGCAGCCAUGGGAUCCAGUUUCUCCCGGCCACCUUGCUCCAAUCCGUGUCCAUGCUCAUGGCCAACUUCGAGACAUCCACGUUCGUCAACGCGUCGGAUCCCGGCAACCCGUUGUCUCUGGCAGGUCCGAUACUCGCCAUUUGCGGGGUUCUCGUGCUCAACCUCAUCGUUGGCAAUUUGCUCAUCGGCAUUGCCAUCAGCGUGUCCCGGGAAUUGGAGGAUGAUGCUGAAGCCCUGUGCAACGAACGAAGGCUGGUUUUCAUGCUCCGGUUGAUUCGGAGCUCGACCAGAAUGAAGCAGAAGCGGUUGUUGGAGAAACGCAGGGGGAAUUCGGGUUUCAUCAGGAAAUUUCAUCGGGCUUUGGCUGCUUUGGCCAAAUUGCCUUUCGUGGGCAGAUCGCUUUCUCCUGCUGAUGUGUACCCAAAUCGGCUUCUGCUGCAGGUCAAGGCAAAUGAUCCAAAGUUUCGAGGAAACAGAGAUGAACAUGAGUUGCCCGUGGAAACAAUUGUCAUGGAUCGGGAGCAGUUUGAAGAUCUAAUUUUGGCGCUGGAAAGCAGAAAAUCCGCAGUAUCUGCAAGUGACGACUCUGCAACAGAAUUGGCAUUGCUGCACAAGGGCCUGAGGGACCUCAAGCAACUUGUCGCAUCCCUUGAAGCCAAUUCGAAGGCUCAGUAGAAUUUGCUGCUGGACCAUCUGAAGAGACAAAUUAUUUCAAACAUCAACCUAGAAUCUUUGAUUAUUUAAUGUAUGCUUUCGGCAUUCCUUCAGAACAUCUUGCCAUUUAUGUCGCGAAAAAAAAAAAAGGCAGGGACGAGGUAUUCGCGAGAAAUGUAAGCCACUGCUUGUAUUUGGAUAUUUUUGCACGACGGAAGAAUUCGAGCUUAAUUUGAAUUUGUCACACGCUUUUUCCAGCAAUUACUGAAGCGCAGAACUGUAUUUCGCAUUAACAUUGGAAUCACCUCAACAUUUCUAUAAGUAUCAAUUUUUCUUAUUGCGAGCAUAAAAUUAAGCGCAUUCCCAAUUUUCAUAAUUUUAAUAAUAGCAUGUUCAAAUCUUCUAGAUAUAGAAAGUCAUUGAGCAAACUUGUCCAGAGAAUUUUUUAAUAAUCUGAAAAUACAAUGCUUGCGAAUCUAAAAAGCUAUUGGUAUCAUAUUAACUUUACAUGAUUUUGAGUUUAAAAGGAGGAGUAUAUAAAGAAUGUUGAUUCCUUUUCCUUGCUUCAUGAUAAGCUCCGACGUUUUUUAAACCAGUGUUCGACAACCUUAUGGGGUCCUCGGAUCAGCAAAUUUCUAGAAAAUUUUCUGCAGACCAACAAGGGUUUGUAAAAUGUUUGCAGAUGCAAAAAAGGUUUUUUAGACUUUGUGGCAGGUAUUUAAAAAGUUUCUGCUUUAUUGAAAAAAAUUAAGUUAAGAACCAAUAACCAUUGCGGAAUAUCAUCAAAAAUUAGAAAAGUGGACUUGAAUGAAGGUUUCCAAAUUGAAAAAUUAAUAUAACUAAUUUCAGCAGGAGACACUUUGUCUGAGGAAAGUCAAAUUUUAUUUUUCAACUGCAAAUUAGACUAGUGUUCCUCAAACUAUUUGGGCCCACAGACAGGUAAAUUUCCAUAAAAUUGUUUGUGGACCAGCAAAUUUUCAGAAAGAUUGCUGCAGACUGACAAAAUUUCAUGAAAUUUUUGCAGACUCAAAAAUUCUUUAUAAUGGAAAGACUUCAUGGCAAGUAUUUGCAAAAUGUCUGCUCUCUUGCAAAAAUGAGAGAAUGAACUAAUGAAGCAGCUUUGCUGGAAUUGUCUUCAAAAAAUUGGAAAGAUCAGCUUGAAAAAGGUUUAAAUGAAAAAUUAAAAUAAUUUAUUUCAACCAGUGAAAAUUAGUCCCAAGUGUUAUUAGGAGAAAAGCCCAUUUUUAUUUUUCAUCAGAUAAUUUCAACUGUCAUUGUGUUUCUGAAAUUACAGACAAAGUUAUCAAACUUUAUUGCUCAAUUUUGAUAAAUGUAUUACGCUGAAGAAAAUUUUCCAUGGACAGGCAAAAAUCAUCUGCAGACUGGCGCUGUUCCAUGUACAAUGGGUUGGGAAACACUAUUUUGGACCACAACAGUCAAAUGCUUAAUAAAAGCACAGUGCGUUUUAUUAUUGCAUUUUAUAUUUUAUAUUCUUCAACAAUCAUAUUUUUGCAAAGAAAUCUCUUCAGGGACUUUCAAUGUAGCUUAAUUUUCCAAAAAAUCGCAAUUUUUGAAAGAUAGGAUGUGUGACUUCCGAUUAGAGGGCAUACACCUGUACGUCUUACACAUCAUACACGUUUUUCGUCCUGUGAGUGGGUGUUCUUUGUUUUUUUUUAAGCCAAAACUAAAUUCAGAAAUUUCUUCAACAUUGUCCACCUUGGAGUUCAAAAGUUGUUGCUGAAUUUGGCAAGCUUUUUGAUAGAUCAUCUGCUAUAAAGCACAGCAUUUUGCAUUUUACUACAAUUUCAAGAACAGCUGCAAGAAUUUUGCAGAAGUCUUUAUAAUGCUGGCGCAGAAUAACCCAGCAAAUAAUUUGUUACAGGUAUUGCUGCGCGUAACAGUUACGCAUACAAAACGUGUUUGUUAUGCAUAACUGUUAUGCCCAGCUUCUUCUGAAACACCUUUCUUUUUUUUCUGUGUUCCUGUACUGAAAGUUUUUGCUGAAAUGCAUUCUGUAGUUACGCCUAUACUUUAAACAUUUUUGUUGAGCUUUUCUUGAGUGUAGCAGGCAGGCAUUUCAAAAUUCUGUUCAAUAUUAUCCAUUGGAAAUUUGCCAAUUGCUUAGAGUAGCCAUAGAGUUUCAUUAAAAACAGAAUACAGGUAGAAUCUACCUACAAUGAUCUUGCCUACAAUUAUUUUCCAUGUAGAACAUGUUGUCUUUUAGUCAUAUAUAGGGGCCAUUACCCAACUUUGUAAGGGUUCUCUAUAAGAAAAAUAUCUUGAUGAUGAAUUUCUUCUGGUCCCCUGAGUUUUGUUGUAGAGAGUCUAUACCUGUACUGUACAUGAAAAGUAGAACAUAAAUAUCAACCAAACUAGCUUUUCACUUAUUUAUAUGGAAGCCAGUG